CAGUGUUGGAACAAGGAGAAAGUUAAAAGCUUGAGAGAGAGGAAACUGAAGAAAAGAAGGCAGAAAGAAGGAACAUAUUUUGAUCCUUUUUGUUUUUGUUUUUUUCUUAUUGAAUUUUGAGCGGUGAGAGCGAGAAAGCGAGAAAGGACCGAAGAAAAAUAAUCAAAUUAGUUCUCGUUGGUUCUUUCUCUCUAGGGUUUCUCAAUUUCUCAACCAUGACGGUGUAUUUUCCAGGAAGAUGAGGCGUUUGUUGUCCUUGAAGACGUUGUUCCUUUGAAUUUUCUCGAUAAAUAUACGGAUAAGGAUUUCUGUUGAUGCCAUAGGAGAAAAAAGUCUGUAGAGAGAAUAGAGAUACAGAGAGGGAAGGAGGGAUGGCUUUAUCUUUGUCUCUGUCUUCGUCUUCUGCUUCGGCAACAGUGGCAGUGGACAAGGCGACGAGCGAUCUUCUGAUGACUCCUGAUUGGACUAUAAACAUCGACAUAUGCGAUUCCGUCAAUUCCCAUCAGUGGCAGGCGAAAGAUGUUGUGAAAGCUGUGAAGAAAAGGUUGCAGCAUAAGAACCCAAAAGUUCAAUUCCUGUCUCUGACGCUCUUGGAAACAAUGGUGAAGAACUGCGGGGACUACGUCCAUUUUCAAAUUGCUGAGAAGAAAAUACUGGAGGAGAUGAUCAAAAUUGUUAGAAAGAAGGCAGAUAUGCAAGUGAGAGAAAAAAUCCUGGUAUUGAUAAACUCUUGGCAGGAGGCUUUUGGGGGGCCUGGAGGAAAACAUCCUCAGUACUAUAUGGCGUACGAGGAACUAAGGCGUUCUGGGGUCGAAUUUCCCAAGAAUUCUUUCGAUGCAGCUCCAAUUUUUACACCACCGGUAACCCAUCCAACCCUGGGACACAAUCGAGCAGGAUAUGGAAUGCCUAGCAAUUCUUCAAGGAGGCUUGAUGAAACAAUGGCAACGGAAAUAGAAAGUUUGAGCUUGUCAGAUUUGGACUCUAUGCGGAAUGUUAUGGAGCUUUUAAGCGACAUGCUACAAGCUGUGAACCCAAGUGAUCGUGCUGCUAUAAAAGAUGAAGUUAUAGUUGACCUUGUCACCCGUUGUCGCUCCAACCAGAAAAAGCUGAUGCAGAUGUUAACUACGACUGCAGACGAGGAACUUCUUGGUCAGGGUCUUGAAUUAAAUGACAGUCUACAAAGUUCGCUUGCAAGACAUGAUGCUAUAGCUUCUGGGUCCCCCCUGCCAACUUUAAUUGCAAAUUCCAGUCUCAAACCCUCUGAAGCAUCUGCCUCUAACCUUAAACCGAGUGUAGUAGUAAGCUCUAGCUCAAGACCUAAUGCUAUAAAACCAGUUCCUGCUAUAAAGGGGGCCCCAGUUGAUGAAGAGGGGGAAGAGGAAGAUGAAUUUGCACAGCUUGCUCGAAGGCAUUCUAAAACUCAGCCCAUGCAUUUGCAAAGUGCUGGAACCACUGAAAGUCUGUCAUCGAAUACCAGCCCUUCAACAUCCAUCCCUGCAGCCUCAACCUCUGCUCCAUGUAAUGCACUAGCACUGCCUGAUCCACCUGCACAAAUUAGGACUACUAAAGAACAAGACAUGAUAGACCUUUUGAGUAUUACAUUGUCGACGGUGUCAGCUUCCCCGCAUACUCCUCACACUCCAUCAGCCUCUAACCAAAACAAGAAUCAGAUACCCAUUUCCCCCAGCGCACAAGGUUAUCCCCAUGCUUCCCAAACGUAUCCUGGGAACCAAGGGAAAUUGCCCUAUAAUAGUUAUGUUGUUCCAUGGGCCCAACCUCAACCACCACCUCAAAGCUUUCAACAAGUUCAGCCUCAACCUCAACCUCAACCUCAACCUCAACCUCAAAGCUUUCAACAAGUUCAACCUCAGCCUCAACCUCAUCCUCAAAGCUUUCAACAAGUUCAACCCCAGCCUCAACCUCAGAGCUUUCAACAAGUUCAAUCUCAGCCUCAACCUCAUCCUCAAAGCUUUCAACAAGUUCAACCUCAACUUAAUCCUCAAAGCUUUCAACAAGUUCAACCUCAACUUAAUCCUCAAAGCUUUCAACAAGUUCAACUUCAACCUCAACAUCAAAGCUUUCAACAAGUUCAACCGCAACCUCAACUUCAAAGCUUUCAACAAGUUCAACAUCAGCCUCAACCUCAACCUCAAAGCUUUCAACAAGUUCAACCGCAACCUCAACUUCAAAGCUUUCAACCUCAACCUCAACCUCAGCCUCAGCCUCAAAGCUUUCAACAACCUCAACCUCAACCUCAAACUCAAAGCUUUCUACACGUUCAACCUCAACCCCAGCCACAACUAAAACCCCCAUCCCAGACACAGUUGCAACCUCAAUAUCAGUAUCCUUCUGGCUAUCCUCCUCCACCCUGGGCUCCAACCCCUGGUUAUUCCAACAACCAGAAUCAUGUGUCUGCAACCAAUAGGUUUUUGACCCCACAAGCCAAUGCUGCUGCGUCGCGCACACACACACAAGAGACUAGACCCUUGCAGCAUUAUAGCUCUUUUCCCUCAAGAGGAGCCAAUGGGUCUUCUAUUCAUGGAGAUCCAUGGGUGAGUGCGGGACCUAAGAACCCUGCCUCUGCUCCUGCGCCUGCCCCUACAACAGGACCGAAGCCCUUUGUUCCCUCGUACAGAUUGUUUGAAGAUCUCAAUGUUUUUGGCAAUGUAACCAGUGGCAGCAAAUCAUCUACCCUGUCAGGAGGUUCUGGCCAGAGUAUGGUUGGCGGGAGAAAGUGAAAUGCUAGCUUUCUAAAGAGGAUAUAUACCCCUGCAAAUAUCGAAGCCAUCGGUGCCUUCUUUGAGUUUAAAAUGUAUUGUAAUUUCUUCAGAUACACGCAUAAUUUUAUUAUUCUCUUUGAUGGUUACUAUUGGUGUGUAGCUUGAGACUGAUAGUUCACAAAAGUUGUAAAAUUCAUUCAGAGUCGUUGCUAUGUAUUUGGCUAUCGUGGCUUUGCCCCCCACACAAUUAACGUUUCCUAGAUAAGCUUCCAUAGGUUUUUCCA